CAUCUAAAACGGCGUCGUUAUAUUACUAGUGGCGAAUGAAUGACGUGGCGAGGAUAAAAUAGCCUGUGUGUGGACUCUGUAGUCAGUCAGAGCGUCAUUCAAAAUUUAUCAACCUACCCGUAUCUGCCAAAAACUUCUCUACCACUCGCUCUCGCUCUGCGUCAAUUCAAUGGCGUCGUUGCUCGAUUCCCUCACCGUGACCCGCGUGUUCUCUCUUCCGAUCGCGUCUUCUUCAAUUUCAUCUGCCUCCGCUGUUCCGUCGGUUUCUGGACGCCGGAUUUCUCCCGUCAGGGUUUUGGAAUUCAAAGGUUUGAAGGCUUCCCGGAGUUUGGUGACUCAGUCGGCGAGUCUGGUGGGUGCGAAUCGUAGAUCCAGAUUCGCUCGCGGUGGAAGAAUCGCCUGCGAGGCUCAGGACACCACCGCCGCCGUCGAAGUACCAAACCUGUCUGAUUCAGAAUGGCAAACACAGGUUCUCGAAUCAGAUGUCCCAGUUCUAGUCGAAUUUUGGGCGCCGUGGUGUGGACCGUGCCGUAUGAUUCACCCCAUCGUUGACCAACUGGCCAAGGAUUUCGCUGGGAAGUUCAAAUUCUACAAAAUCAACACCGACGAGAGCCCAAACACAGCUAACCGUUACGGGAUACGGAGCGUUCCAACAGUAAUCAUCUUCAAAGGCGGUGAGAAGAAAGAUAGUAUCAUUGGAGCUGUCCCUAGGGAGACAUUGGAGAAAACUAUAGAAAGAUUCUUGGUCGAGUGAAACAAAAAAAUUUGGCUCUAUUGUGUCACUCUUUACCUUAUCUCUUCUCUGUUGUAUAAUCUCUGUAAAGUCUAUUAAGUUUUUGACAAUUAUGUUACCGUUCGUGGUCCACU